ACUGCACUCUAGCCUAGGUGAGAGAGGGACAACCCUGUCUCUAAAGAAAAAUAAAAUUAAAAAUAAAUGAGUAUAGAGACAAAAGGAGAUACAAGAUGUGACAAAACCGUGACAGAUGCAGGCUGUCCAUUAAAUGGACGGACAAAUGGCCUGUCUGUACCUCAGAAUUUCAUGAGGCUGUAAUUACAAUAUAAUACAAUAACUGAUGUCUAUAAUAUUCUGUUAUCAGUAAUAAAUUGUGCUUAGUGCACUUUAAGAAAGAUGAAAUUUGAGUAAAGUAUUGAGGACAGAGUAGCAGAAGCCCCCUUGGCCUCGUGGAGCUCACUACAGUGGGGAAACAGAUGUGAAACAGACAGACAAUAUGGAAAGAAAGAAUUAUUUUAGACCUGCAAUUCAGUUUUUUCCUGAGACUGAUUGGAAGUUAGUGAUACAUUGAUUGGAUCUGUUUUUUGGUCAGGAACCCAUUUUGCAGCACUCAAGUUUUAUAGGAUGCUGUAAACAAUUGUCAAGGUUGUUCUUCAAAAAACAGAAAGAGUUGCAACUUCCUCCUACUAGUAGAAACUUUUACAGGACAUUCAAUGCCUAACAUUGCAGAAACAGAAAGGUCAAAUGAUUGUGGAAAUGGUGAGCACAAAUCUGAGAGAAAGUCUCCUGAAGAGAACCUCCAAGGUGCUGUAAAAUCUUUCUGCACAAGUGCCUCAGGAGCACCCUUGGGUCCCAAAGGAGAUGGCCAUUAUCCAUGGAGUUGUCCAGUGACUCAUACUCGGGAAAAAAUUUAUGCCAUCUGUUCAGACUAUGCCUUUCUCAACCAGGCAACCUCAAUCUAUAAAGCUCCAAAUCCAGCCCGCUCUUCUUGCCUCCCUGAUGGUACCUCUUUGUCUGCUGGAAAUAAUUCAUCAAGAUACAUUGGUAUCCCAACUAGUGCAUCAGAAAUCAUCUAUAAUGAAGAAAAUAGCUUGGAAAACUUAUCCAAUAGCCUGGGCAAGCUACCUCUUGCAUGGGAAAUUGAUAAAUCUGAAUUUGAUGGGGUGACCACAAAUUUGAAACACAAAUCAGGUAAUGCAAAGAAACAAAUUUUCAAGAAAAAAACUUCAGAUAAAAAAGGAAGAUCUCAGAGAGAGUGUCCUCAGCAUUCUCUUCUUGAAGAUAUUAAGCAGAGGAAAGUAUUGGACCUCAGACGAUGGUACUGCAUAAGCCGACCACAAUAUAAGACUUCUUGUGGUAUCUCCUCAUUAAUUUCUUGUUGGAAUUUCUUAUAUAGCACAAUGGGAGCUGGAAAUCUUCCACCUAUUACUCAAGAGGAAGCUUUACAUAUUUUGGGCUUUCAGCCUCCAUUUGAAGAUAUUAGAUUUGGUCCUUUCACUGGAAAUACAACACUUAUGAGGUGGUUUAGACAAAUUAAUGAUCACUUCCAUGUAAAAGGAUGCUCUUAUGUUCUAUAUAAGCCUCAUGGGAAGAACAAAACAGCUGGAGAAACUGCUUCAGGGGCCUUGUCAAAGUUAACGCGUGGAUUGAAAGACGAAUCACUGGCUUUUAUCUAUCAUUGUCAAAAUCAUUAUUUUUGUCCAAUUGGCUUUGAAGCAACCCCUGUUAAAGCUAAUAAAGCAUACAGCAGGGGCCCUCUCUCACCACAGGAAGUUGAAUAUUGGAUCUUAAUUGGAGAAUCAAGUAGAAAACACCCUGCCAUUCACUGUAAAAAGUGGGCAGAUAUUGUUACUGAUCUGAACACUCAAAAUCCAGAAUACCUAGAUAUCCGGCACUUAGAGAGGGGGCUGCAGUAUCGAAAAACAAAGAAGGUUGGGGGAAAUUUGCAUUGCAUCAUAGCAUUCCAGAGACUUAGUUGGCAAAGAUUUGGCCUUUGGAAUUUUCCAUUUGGAAACAUUAGACAAGAAUCACAACCUCCAACACAUGCCCAGGGAAUUGCCAAAUCGGAGAGUGAAGACAAUAUUUCCAAGAAGCAGCAUGGGCGUCUGGGCCGGUCUUUCAGUGCUAGUUUCCAUCAGGACUCGGCAUGGAAAAAGAUGUCUAGUAUCCAUGAGCGAAGGAACAGUGGCUACCAGGGUUACAGUGAUUAUGAUGGGAAUGAUUGACUAUGCUGGGUACUGAAAAAUUGGUAUUAUACAUACAACUGUUAUAUACAGGACUGCAUUAAGAAGGUAGAAGAUUUUAGUAAGUCUACAUUAAAUAGGAACAGAUCUUGUGGUAUAAAACAUAACCUUGUAGUUCUCCAGUAAAUAAAUUGUAUAUGAUUAUGAUGGGUGAUUUCAGAUAUAUAAACAGAUAAGCACAGAUUAUUGUCCUUUUAAAGUUAAGAGUAUAUAAAUAAUUUGGACAAAAAGUUUCAUAAAAUCCAAUAAAAUUACAGCUGCUGUCUAAAUAACUCAAACACAAAUUCACUUAACAGCAUCAAUAUUUGAAAUACUUAAGCAUGAAGCGACUUAUGACUUGAUUCCUAGACAUUUGUUACAGAUAGUUUAUUCCUAAGAUCAAGAUGUAAGGUACCAUCUGCCCUUAAAAAGAAAUUGGGGCUGUCCAUUUCUAGUUUUCAUUCAUGGUCAAAACUCAUUUAAAAUUAUUUUGAGUCUAAUAAUUCUUUUACUUGUAGCAAUAUCUUGCCCGCCUCAUUUGUUUCCUGGUUAAUUUUCUCAGGAUUCUCACUACUGAGGCAAAAGAGAAAAGAUGUAAGAAACUGAUCCUUUCAUUGGUGCAAAUGAGUGACUUAGUGCAUUGAUCCAGAUAUUUUUGACUUUCUUGACUUGGUAUGACUUCUAUAAGUCUAGAAUGAACUUCGUUUUAGGGAUAACGUAAAAGAACAAGUGGCAUCAGAAGUUUCUAUACCCAAGGUUAUCUGUACAAUGAGAUCUGAUAUUUGAUUGGUUCCUCAAUAUGGAGUUGACAACAGCAUUGAAGAUGCAUUAGGAAUGUCCACGUCACUCAGAGGACAAUUAUCCAUAUUUCAGACUCUGAGCUAUUUCCUUUUGUAAACCUUAGAGACAAUUAGCUGUUUGAAGUGAGUGUUAAAUAUUUCGGAAGUGUGGAUUUCAUAUAUUUGAGGUCUUCUCAAGCUGCUGUCAGUUUUUCUUCUGCUGCCUACCUGUGAUUCACAUGACUAGGAUCUCUUGUUCUUUUAUUCAGGGGCUUGUUUCAGGACUCAAAUCAGUAACUUGGUCAUUACAAGGUGCUGAAUAUGUUGGCAACCAUAUCACAAUACACCUCAAGGAGGGGGUUCAGAUUUUUAUUUUUAAAAUACUUCCAUUUUUUUCUCUUGAAUUUUAUAUCCAUUUAUCCACUCAUACAUACAUAGCCUACAGAAGGGAAUAUAUAUUAUGAAAUGGUCAUUUUUCUGAAGAGAAUAUUUUGCUUGAAAUGGAAAGGAGUGAAAGAAAUUUGUAGGUUGUUGAUUUUGUUACUUCAUACUGGAACUUUUAAAGUUUUCAUCAAAUAAAGUUUUGUUUUCUACUUUUAAU